UAUGAGAACACAAAGUAGAAUGCGCCAUAGGAUUAUUUUGAUUAGAGUUGCUAGCGGAUAUAAUUUCUUCAAUUUUCAGAUAUUUUUUAAGGAUCACCCUCAGUAACACCAGUUCUCUUCGAAAGAUUUGAGAGUUAAAAGAGUAAGGAAGAAAGUGAAUGAAAUGAGUAGGAAGGACUGUGGAUAUAAGUGUCAAAUGUGUUAAGAGAAGGCUAGUAUGUCAGUGUGUUAAUUUCAUCUCGAGUGUUGUCGAGCGCUGUACGACUUAACGCAGGGCGCCAAAAAUAUGUCAGAAGAGACAGACACCGAGAAGAAAUUAUCGUGUGUUAAACAAACGGCAGUUGACACACUGAAUGAAAAAUUAAAUGAACUGUACAUAUAUCGAGAUCAUUAUUUUGAAAAGCAUUCUUUGGAUAAAGCAGACCAGAAAAACAGUGAUGUGGAAAAUGAAAUGAAAAAUACAUUGAAAUUAUUUGAAACUUUAAAAGAAAAUGCUGAGCAAGAGAAUAAGACUAUGUAUCUGUACAUGAAAGGUCGGGCUCUAAAUGUGAUGCCUCAGUACUCAAAAGAGGCGGAAGAAGUAUUGUCUCGUGCUGUUAAACUAGAUCCCAAACAUGUGGAUGCAUGGAAUGAACUUGGUGAUUGUUACUGGAAGAAAGACGAUAUUGAAGAGGCCAAAAACUGCUUUUCUGGGGCUUUAUUUCAUGCAAGGAACAAGGUAUCGCUUCGAAAUUUAUCAAUGAUACUGCGACAGGAAAAGGUGGCAUCAGCACAGCAGCGUUCUGACAACAUUCUGAAAGGUGUGACAUAUGCCAAAGAGGCAGUACAGCUUGAUACUAAUGAUGGCAUGUCAUGGGCUGUGCUAGCCAAUGCAUACCUGUCGACCUUCUUUGCAUUGUCGCAGAACCCUCAAACACUGAAAUUGUGCAUGUCUGCAUAUCAACACGCAGAGAAAGAUGUAGUAGCUCGUAGCAAUCCUCAGCUGCACUAUAACAAAGCAGUUGCUUUGAAAUAUGAAGAAGAAUAUAAGCUGGCACUUGAGUCAUUCUCACGUGCCCAGGCACUAGAUCCGACAUGGGAAGUCCCACAGCAGAGUGAGAAGCAGUUUAUCAAAUAUUUGGACAGUGUUCAGGAACUUGUGUCUCUCAAAGGGAAACUCAAAGUAAAGAAGUUACAACAAAUGGUGCAGUCUAUAGAACCAAAGCAGUUGGGACCAUAUGGUGGAGGGAGCUACACUGCCAGAAAUGAGACUGUUAAGUUGGAGCCUAUUGUCCUGAAAAACCUACAUUUGGGAACGAACCUUGAGAAAGUGGUUCUCGGAAAAGUGGUAUGCAGCGUGCAUAAUGACAAUGUGGUACCAUUCACCUUCUGUCUGGUUGAUAAAGAAGAAACCUGCAUGGCUGUGACAGUUUACAAUCUUGCAGAAGGAAAGGGUGUUAUCAUAGGUGACUCAGUAUCUAUCCCAGAACCUUACCUCACCAAAGUUCACUUCAAGUACAAACAAAAGGAAUGGAAUUUUGACUCUAUACGGGUGGAGAGUCCAUUGGUGCUUGUGGUAAAUGGUCGCAAGCUUGGACAAGAUCAGCAAGCAAGGGUACAGCUGUCAUAUUUAAGAAAGAGUGAAUGAAUUCGGUGUUUGUAUCAUAGUCCACACCAGGUGCUGUCAAUGUAAAUGACUAACUAACAGUAUUUCUGCAGAGUAACAUGGAUCAUACAUUGCAUGUACCUGUGUGUGAUAGUCUUCCAGGAAGUGAACCCAGUGUUUACUCUUUGAUUGACUGCAUACUGUGAUAAGCGAUAUUUGGUAUUGUGGCUUCCGAUGGGCCUACUGUGUUAGCCCCUAAGUAAAAGUGUGUGUGACUGCAGCAGAAUUUGGAAGAAGGCUCCCAUGGCCUGUUUCAUUCACUUGAGAUACUGAGUAGAACCAUGAAAACCUCAGUUGGUGUAAACAGUAUCUGAAUCAAAAUUGAAACUGUGUACCUGCCACAUACAAGGGAGGUCUGCCUGUUACCUCACCUGAGCAAACAUGUCUGAUAUUGUUUGUUGUUUGAUUUUCAGUAUCAUCUUCAAUCCACAAAGGCAUCCAAACUAAGGAUAUUCCCUGAGAUGUCACCUCAUGCUAUUUCAAAAUAUGUAUGGUAUAUGUACUGUAUAUAUUGUUUUAAUCUGACUGCUAGCUCUGAUGUACACAGUAUUUGUUUAUUUGUGUUUAUUUAAUGAUCCUGUCAGUUGCUCAUUACACAGUGACAAAUGAUAGGAUAAUUAAUUGGAAAGGAUGUGGAAGGGUGGGGGGGCUGAAGUAAUUUUGGUUUGAAAAAUAAAAUAUCAAAAUGCAUCCCAGAAAAAAAAUAUUACUGGGUUUCUGGACUUUGUCCAUCAUCAUGUAUUCUGAAUAGAACAUAAUGCUUCAGAAACUGGAUCCAUUUCUGUUCUCAUUUGAAAAGAUUGGGAGACACCUACUCAGGUGAAGAAGCUGAUCUCUGCCAUUAAACCAGUGAGGUGGAACCUCCCAAGUUUAUCACCUGAGGACAAACCCAGAUUAGCAGUUGGAACAAAAUUCAUACAUCUGUUCACAUCAUUCUGACAUGGAAGAUUGAAUUUGAUUACUAAUUUUUGUAUGCCAAGUAAAGGGUGCCUUUGUUUUAAAUUGGAGUACACCGAAGGUUAUAGAACAGUGAUAUUUUGUUCAAAUUUCUGUAUUGACUUGACUUUUUUUCAGUGACAUACAUUUAUGCAGAAAUCUUAGAAUUGGUCUGACACUAGGUUUUUCAUCUUUAACUAGUUAUAUUUCUUGACGUAUGUCUUGACUGAUUGUGAUUAUGACAUUUACUAUGCUACUGUUUUGAUAACCUGCAUUAAUUCCGUUUAGUUCUAUAUUUCUUUAAAUGUUUACUCAAUAGUGGAGAGGCCAAUUAGAAAGUAAACAUGAAAAAAAGAAGGAAACAAACAAAUGACAAAAGAAGAAACAAGGCAACUUGUGUCAUAAUAGACAAUAAUAAAAACUCGGUAAGCUCAGUUGUGCCAACCAUUAUGUAAUGAGGGUAAAAUAUAUAUACAGACAUUCAUAUGGAUUACAACUAAUAUUUUAAUAAAUAAGAAAGUGCCAUUAAGGAGUCAGAAUAACUUAUGACAGGCUACAGACUGGGUGGCCAGGUGUUUAUUGUUUGCAUACUGUUGUAUGUCAUGAUUUGUCAAACUCUGGCCAUUAACACAACAGAUAUCUCAAAAUAAACCAAUCUAAUUGUU